AUGCCUAUCCUUCUACGGCCUUUCCUCUUGCUCUCACUUCUCCUCAUAUUCUCCUCCUCCUUUUCUCAAUCUCUCCCCUUCUCCAAAUACCAAACAAUCCUCUCCCUAUCCCACUCCCUCGCCUCACGCGUCGCCACUCUCCGUGAGUCCCGUGGCGACCACGAUGGUGCGUCUCGCGCCAGAUCCAUGGCCCAUAAUCUCGAGCGCGGUCUGGGCCUUGGGUUCUACAAGAUCGCUUGGAACAUGGGCUGGAACUACGUAAAGAAUUACGCAUGGAGGAAUAUGCUGUCGUUUGAAAAUCUGGGCACCUUGUCGUCCGACAUGACCGAGUUAUUGGGUUCUCUUGCCGAGUUGACCCGGGUCAAUUCGGACGCGGAGAGGGUAGCUUGGUUUGGACGAAAUUACAAUAAGGUCAUUAGAGUUUCCAAGUCGCUCUUUGGCAGACUACUUGAAGUUUUUCGUCAGCCAGGUCCGUUGAGGGAAGUGGUAGAGACACUGCAGAAAGAAGUUGUGGAGGGUGACUUGGUAAGGGACUGCCUUGAGUUGGGUGGUAAUGAUCUAAAUGAUUUGAUCCGAUUGUUGAAGGACGUCGCUUUACAGUAUACUACUGCUUCUUCCAGGUCUGAUUUGUGA